GAACGGACGAAUAGAUUAAGACCGUAAAAUAUUUAAUGAGCUUUAUAUAAGAAAUUUUUUUUAUUUAUUAAAUAUUUAUAAUAUAAUGGACGGCCAAAAUAAUUUAAGGAGAAAGAAAAUGGAUUAUCAAGAUUUACUGGAGGAAGGAAAUUCAAACUUCUUUUAUAAUAGUAGUAUAAAUAUAUAUCAAUAAUUUAAUUGUUUUUUUUUUUUUUUUUUUUUUUUCAUUUAAGCUUCCAUGGCCGGCUUCGCCUAGCCGCUGAUGGCCAUGACCCAUGACGAUCAUAAAACAGGUGCGAAGGCUUCGCCCAUUAGGCAAACCUGCUCGUUUCUAGGGUUUCGUCAUCCCGCUCUGUUUCUUCUUUUACGAUUCAGUUUUCUAGGGUUUUCUCCGCCACGGGAUCUCGAAUGGGUGAGGUGGAGAACAUUAAACAGAGAUCAAGCAGGGAGAGUACGAAGGAGGUUUUAGGGAGAGGAGAUAGGGAUAGAGAAAGACACCGGGAAAAAGAUAAGGCAAGGGAUCGCGAUUAUGCGAGAAGCGACCGCGAUCGGGAGAGUCAGCGGUCGGAGAAGGAGCGGGAAAGGGAGAGGAGCGACGAUGAGAAGUACCGGGAAAGAAGAGAUAGGGAUUCCCGCUAUCAGGAUCGGGAGCGGAAGUCCAGAGAUCGCGAUAAGGAGAAAGAGAGGGAUCGAGAAGAUAGGGAUAGGGAUAAGGAGAGAGCAAGAGAGCGGGAGGAAAGGGAGGACAGGGAGAAGGAUAGGGCGAGAAGGCGGGAGGAGAGAGAGCGGGAAAGAGAACGAGAAGACAGAGAGAGGGAGCGGGAGAGGGAGAGGGCUAGGGAGGAGAGGGCGAGAGAUAGGGAAAGAGAGAGGGUCAGGGAGAAGCGACGGGAGUUGGAGAGAGAUGAGGAGGAUGAUGGAAGGGACCAUGAUAGGAAGAGGCGCAGGAGAGAAGAAUCUCAUGAAAGGGAGAGGGAGCGCAGCAACAGGCAUAGAGAAGGAAGUGCGGAUGUCCACAGGAAAGGUGAUGAUGACGAGGCUGAGGCCAAGGAGAAAAAGACCCGAGAGCAAGAUCUAGAAGAAGAGCAGCGCAAAUUGGAUGAGGAGAUGGAUAAGAGGCGGCGUAGAGUUCAAGAGUGGCAGGAGCUUAAAAGGAAGAAAGAGGAGCAGGAAAGAGAAAAGGAUGGGAAGGUAAAUGUUGAGGAGCUUAACCAGACUGGUAAAAAUUGGACUCUUGAAGGGGAGUCCGAUGAUGAAGAAGCAGAUGCAGUUAAGUCUGAGAAUGAUGCUGAUGGUGAUGAAGUGGCUAAAGAUGUGGGUUCUGUGCGGAAUGACGCUACUAGUGAUGUAAUGGACAUUGAUUAUGAGAAUAGAGGUGCUGUGUCAAAUGGAGUUGAUGUCGCUGAUGGGGAAGAUGAAAUUGACCCACUUGAUGCUUUCAUGAAUUCCAUGGUACUGCCCGAAGUGGAGAAACUGCAGAGUGCAGAGAGUGCACCGGUGAAAUCAGUUGAUGCAAAGCUGGGUUCACAAGAGAGGAAUAAGGAAGGCCUUAGUAACGGGAUUCAAUCUAAAAAAGGUGUCAAAAAUCCAUUGGGAAGGAUACUUCCUGAUGAAGACUCUGCCCCAGAGGAUGAGGAUCUUGGAAAUGAGGUUCCUUCUGAAGAUGAAGAUGAUGAAGAUUUCAUGAAAAGAGUGAAGAAGACGAAGGCUGAGAAGCUCUCCAUCGUUGAUCAUUCUAAGAUUCAGUACUCGCCUUUCAGGAAAAAUUUUUAUAUUGAAGUGAAGGAAAUCGCUAAGAUGUCGCCUGAUGACGUUGCAGCAUACAGAAAACAACUUGAAUUAAAGGUACAUGGAAAAGAUAUCCCUAAGCCUAUAAAAACAUGGAACCAGACUGGAUUAACCAGCAAAAUUUUAGAUACGAUUAAGAAGCUUAACUUUGAAAAACCUAUGCCCAUUCAAGCUCAAGCUCUACCCAUUAUUAUGAGCGGUAGAGAUUGCAUAGGAAUAGCAAAGACUGGUUCAGGUAAGACACUAGCUUUUGUAUUACCUAUGUUGAGGCAUAUUAAAGAUCAACCUCCAGUAGUACCUGGUGAUGGUCCUAUUGCGCUUAUAAUGGCUCCUACAAGGGAGCUUGUCCAACAAAUACACAGUGACAUUAAGAAAUUUUCAAAGGGCUUGGGCUUCAACUGUGUCCCUGUGUAUGGUGGAUCUGGUGUUGCUCAGCAAAUCAGUGAAUUAAAACGGGGGGCAGAAAUAGUUGUAUGUACUCCUGGUAGAAUGAUAGAUAUACUCUGCACAAGUGCUGGGAAGAUUACCAACCUAAGAAAGGUUACAUACUUUGUUAUGGAUGAGGCUGAUAGAAUGUUUGAUAUGGGGUUUGAACCUCAGAUCACAAGGAUAGUUCAGAAUACUCGACCAGAUCGUCAAACUGUACUCUUUUCAGCUACAUUUCCUCGUCAGGUUGAGAUAUUAGCCAGAAAGGUUCUGAACAAACCGAUUGAAAUCCAGGUCGGAGGAAGAAGUGUUGUCAAUAAAGAUAUAGCCCAGUUAGUUGAGGUUAGACAAGAAAGUGACAGGUUCUUAAGGCUUCUAGAGCUGUUAGGAGAAUGGUAUGAGAAGGGAAAGAUCCUUGUGUUUGUUCACUCACAAGAAAAAUGUGAUUCCUUAUUCAAAGACUUACUUAAGCAUGGCUAUCCUUGCCUUUCACUUCAUGGGGCUAAGGACCAGACAGACCGGGAGUCCACCCUUUCAGAUUUCAAGAGCAACGUUUGCAACCUUCUGAUUGCUACUAGUGUUGCUUCCAGAGGUCUAGAUGUGAAGGAGCUUGAACUAGUUGUGAAUUUUGAUGUUCCAAAUCACUAUGAAGAUUAUGUACAUCGCGUUGGCAGAACAGGCCGUGCUGGCAGGAAAGGUAUGGCUGUCACAUUUGUUUCUGAGGAUGAUGCUAAGUAUGCACCAGACCUUGUAAAAGCUCUGGAACUUUCUGAACAAGCUGUACCUGAGGAUCUAAGAGCACUUGCUGAUACUUUUAUGGCAAAGGUGAGAGAGGGCAUGGAACAAGCACAUGGUACUGGCUAUGGUGGAAGUGGUUUCAAGUUCAAUGAAGAAGAAGAUGAAGCUAGUAAAGCUGCAAAGAAAGCUCAGGCAAGAGAAUAUGGAUUUGAAGAGGAUAAAUCUGACUCAGACUCUGAUGAUGAUGGCGUUAGAAAAGCUGGAGGUGAUUUGUCUCAAGCUGCUAUUCUUGCUCAAGCUGCUGCUCUUGCUCAGGCUGCAAAGGCUGGUAUUUCUUCAAUACCUGCUAAUGUUGCAACAGCUCAAUUGCUUUCUACUUCAGGUCUCCCUGUUGCAACCAUGCCUUCUUUAGCUGGUCUACCUGGUGCAUCUCUGCCUGGUGAUGCUGCUGCAAGGGCUGCUGCCCUAGCGGCUGCCAUGAAUUUACAGCACAAUUUAGCAAAGAUACAAGCUGAUGCAAUGCCGGAGCACUACGAGGCAGAGCUGGAGAUCAAUGAAUUCCCACAGAAUGCCCGGUGGAAGGUCACCCAUAAGGAGACCUUGGGUCCAAUAUCAGAGUGGACUGGCGCUGCAAUUACCACAAGGGGCCAGUAUUACCCUCCUGGUAAGUUUCCUAGUUCCAUGGAACGCAAGCUUUAUCUAUUUAUAGAAGGCCCCACCGAGUCUUCUGUUAAGAAAGCCAAAGCUGAGUUGAAAAGAGUGCUUGAGGAUUACACUGCUCAAUCUCUUUCUCUUCCUGGUUCUGCACAACCUGGUAAAUAUUCCGUCCUUUAAAUUGUCUCUCUUAAAUUAGAUAUUUUGAAUGAGAUUUUGUGGGUCUUUUCUCUCUCUCUCUCUCUAUUUUUAAAUAUACGGAUUUUGACCCGGCUGCUAAUCUCUUGACACUUCAUAUAUUGAUGUAAAUUAGUUACUGGUGCCUUUCCACCAUGUUGUUAUUUUGAAGAACUUUUGAACAAUUUGUAAUGCCUAUUAUCUACAAUUUUAAAUUGGAAGCAGAAGAUAUUGAUUUGUUUAUUUUC